CUCGCUCCAUGUCGAUGGCCAGUGGAAACUAGCUGGAAACCCUAAAUCCCCGGUUUGAAGUUUUUUUUUCUUAAUCCCCAAAAUUCGAUGGCAGUUCUCGGAUUAUGUUCAGCCUCUUCUUCUUUAAGAGGUACUUGGUCUACUUUGGGAAUCAAGCCAUCCAAAUCCAGAAAUCAAAAACUUUGUCUGAAGAGAAGUGCAGUGGUUAGGUCCGAAGUGAAUUUCGUUAAUGCUGAUGAGGCAAAGAGGCUAGUCACAGAGGAGGGAUACACGGUCGUCGAUGUACGAGACAGAACCCAGUUCGAACGAGCACAUAUCAGGUCUUGCUCUCAUGUUCCCCUCUUCAUCGAGAACAAUGACAAUGAUUUUGGCACAAUUGUUAAAAGGACAGUACACAACAACUUCUCAGGACUGUUCUUUGGGCUUCCCUUUACCAAACCCAAUCCUGAUUUUGUUCGAUCAGUGAAGGAUCAGUUCUCUGCUGACAGUAAAUUGCUACUUGUUUGCCAGGAAGGAUUAAGGUCUACUGCAGCUGCUAAUAAGCUAGAUGAAGCGGGCUUCCAGAAUAUAUCUUGUAUAACUUCAGGUCUUCAGUCAGUAAAGCCAGGAACUUUCGAUUCAGUUGGUUCUGUUGAAUUGCAAAAUGCUGGCAAGGCUGGCCUGGUUACUGUACAGGGGAAAAUCUCAGCAGUGCUUGGGACUGUGUUAAUCUGUGCCUAUCUGUUUAUAACUUUCUUCCCGGAUCAAGCAGAGAAGAUACUUCAAAUGAGCCCUGCAAGUUAGCCAUUGCUGCAUUAUGGUCAAUUUUUUGAGUUCGCUGUACAAAGCGAUGAAGGCUGGCCAAUGGAGAAACCUCAAGAGUGCUAGUCUUUCCGUGGUUACUGAGUGUGUGAAUCCUACCGAGAAAAAGUCUAUGUUAAUGUAUUUUUCUUGCUUAAUCCACAUGCUGUUCUCAUUUUUCUUGCUUAAUUAGCUGUUCUCGUAGUCUUUUUGUAGGCAGGCAUCUUUGCAGACUGUACUCAAAUGUAUUUCUAGUAAGGAAAGCAAUCGCUGUAUUCAUGAGGAAAGCUACAGUAUGGAUUCAUUAUAACUCCUAGUUGAAUUUAUAAUUGGAGUUGGAUUCUUGGGCGCA